AAACAACAGACACACUCGCGGAGGUUGUUUGUCUUAUCAACUUUUGAAACACUGUUGAUCUUGUUCCAUAAUCACAUUGCUUUCUUCUUCCUUCAUUCCCUGUCCCUGUCUCAGAUCGGUGUCUCAUUCUGAUAAGGUUCUGAUUAAGGUUCAUAUGAAGAAUUGGAUAUGUUGAUUUAAGUCUUUUGGUGUUAAUAGGUUAUGAAAUACGAUUGAAUUCUCUAGUAAUUGCUUGCUUAACAUCGAAACUAUGGGGUCUCAAGUUGUCUGCGAUAAUAGUAGUGAAAACCAUUCGCAAUUCCAGCCUUUGGUGAGGCAAAAUUCAAUGUACAAUCUCACCCUCGAUGAAGUUCAGAGUCAACUAGGCGACUUGGGGAAGCCGCUAAGCAGCAUGAACCUAGACGAGCUUCUGAAAAACGUAUGGACUGUCGAGGCAAACCAGUCCCAGUCCAUUCAAAUGGACAACGCUAACGUAGCUCAAGCCUCUCAAGCCGCUCAAGCCGCUCAAACCGGACAAGCCGGACAAGGACAAGUUGUUCUGCAACAUCAACCUAAUAUGCCGUUAGUCGGUGAGUUAAGCAAGAAAACGGUUGACGAGGUUUGGAGAGAUAUCCAACAAACUAAAGAUCACGAGGAGGUGAGGCCUCAAGAGAGGCAAUCUACUUUGGGAGAGAUGACAUUAGAGGAUUUUUUGGUGAAAGCUGGCGUCGUUUCGGUUGCAUCUUCUAAUGGAAAGAGUACUACUAACAGUCCCAGUCCCAAAGUUGAUUCAAGCCUAGUGGUACCGCAGUUUGUUCCGCACGGUCCGUGGAUGCAGCAGUACGCGCAGGCACAUUAUCCGCAUCCACAACAAAAUGUGAUGCCAACUUAUGUUCCAAACCAGCUCUUAGCACAGCCAUUGCACAUGGUGGCCGCCGGUUCUCCAAUGGAUGUUGUGCCAUAUGCAGAUGGAGGUCAGGUGGCAAUGGCUUCGCAGAUGGGAAACUUAUCGGAUUCAAAGAAAUCAGGUCUGAAGCGGGGCGUACCAGAUGAGAAAGCUGAGAGGACAGUCGAGAGGAAGCAGAAGAGGAUGAUCAAGAAUCGCGAGUCAGCUGCCCGCUCAAGAGCAAGGAAACAGGCCUACACAACUGAAUUGGAGAUCAAAGUCAAUCGUCUGGAAGAGGAAAACGAAAUGCUGAGGAAAGAAAAGGAACUUACGAACAUGAUAGCGAGUGUUCCACCGCCCGAGCCGAAAUGUCAGCUUCGUCGUGUAUCUUCGGCUGAAUUUUGAUUAAUGUGUUUAUAUGUAGAGGUUUGUAGAUAAGAACUUCAUGCAUGGUAUGGUCAGUUAUGUUUAUUCUGAGUUGAAAAACUACCUAGCUGUUUGUGUAUUUGCACUCAAUGGUUUAUUUAAUUUUACUUUUACUACUA